UGUUUUACGACAGUUUCGACUGUCUUACGAUACAUGCCGUAUUUGGACCCAACGUGGAGUUGUUUACUGUGUCUAUCAACCCUCUCAGUUUAACAAGCAGAUGUAGGUCCUUAAACUAGCGUCCGCCUAUUUGAAGUCGAAUUGUGUAUUUAAAGGGGAAAAAUGGGGAAACAAAAGAAAAAGAGGGACCUCAGCCGAGCUGAGCUGAUGAUGAUGACCAUUGCUGAUGUCAUCCAGCAGCUUGUUGAAGCUCAUGAACAAGGCAAAGACAUCAAUCUCAACAAAGUGAAGACUAAGACGUCAGCCAAAUACGGACUUGAAGCCCAGCCUCGAUUAGUGGACAUCAUCGCAGCUGUUCCUCCACAGUACCGUCGAGCUCUGUUGCCCAAACUAAAGGCCAAACCUAUCCGCACUGCCAGUGGGAUCGCUGUUGUGGCUGUGAUGUGCAAACCACAUCGCUGUCCUCACAUCAGUUUCACAGGCAACAUCUGUGUCUACUGUCCUGGUGGACCAGACUCAGAUUUUGAGUACUCUACUCAGUCUUACACUGGCUAUGAGCCAACAUCCAUGAGAGCCAUCCGAGCCCGUUAUGACCCCUACCUUCAGACCAGACACCGGGUGGAGCAGCUGAAGCAGCUGGGUCACAGUGUUGACAAGGUGGAGUUCAUUGUGAUGGGUGGGACCUUCAUGGCGUUGCCUGAGGAGUACAGGGACUAUUUCAUUAGGAACCUACACGUCGCCCUGUCAGGACACACCUCCAACAAUGUGGCCGAGGCUGUCAGGUACUCUGAGCGCAGUAAUACCAAGUGUGUGGGAAUCACUAUUGAGACGCGGCCUGACUACUGCAUGAAGAGACACCUCAGCGACAUGCUGGGCUACGGCUGCACCCGGCUGGAGAUAGGAGUCCAGAGUGUGUAUGAAGAUGUGGCCCGUGACACAAACAGAGGUCACACGGUGCGAGCUGUGUGCGAGUCUUUCCACCUGGCAAAGGACGCCGGCUUCAAAGUGGUUGCCCACAUGAUGCCAGACCUGCCCAACGUGGGAAUGGAGAGGGAUGUUGAGCAGUUUAUUGAGUUUUUUGAGAAUCCAGCAUUCAGGCCAGAUGGUUUGAAGCUGUACCCAACACUGGUGAUCCGAGGCACGGGUCUCUAUGAACUGUGGAAGACUGGUCGCUACAAGAGCUACACACCCAGUGCACUGGUGGACCUAGUGGCCCGAAUCCUAGCACUGGUGCCGCCCUGGACACGAGUGUACCGUGUGCAAAGGGACAUCCCCAUGCCAUUGGUGAGCUCCGGAGUGGAGCACGGCAACCUGAGAGAACUGGCACUAGCCCGGAUGAAGGACAUGGGCACUGAGUGUCGAGACGUGAGAACCAGAGAAGUGGGCAUUCAGGAGAUCCACCACAAAGUCCGACCUUACCAGGUGGAGCUGGUGCGGCGGGAUUAUGUGGCCAACAGUGGCUGGGAGACCUUCCUCUCCUAUGAGGAUCCGGAGCAAGACAUCUUGAUUGGCCUGCUGCGUCUACGUCGCUGCUCUCCACAGUCCUUCCGUCCUGAGCUGAAAGGUGCCGUGUCCAUCGUCCGCGAGCUACACGUUUACGGCAGCGUCGUCCCCAUCAGCAGUAGAGACCCCAGCAAGUUCCAGCAUCAGGGUUUUGGCAUGAUGCUGAUGGAGGAGGCAGAGAGAAUUGCCAGAGAUGAACACGGCUCUAGCAAACUGGCUGUCAUCUCAGGUGUAGGAACAAGGAACUACUAUAGAAAGAUGGGCUAUGAGCUGGAGGGGCCGUACAUGGUGAAGGACCUGUAUGGAGCUGGAACGGACUGACUCUAGACAACAUUUUUAUCUGGACGAUGGCUACAAAUAUAUACACAUACUAUAUUUAUCAAGCCACUGUUACUGGGACACUCCCCACAGUAUUUUUAGGUUUGUGUAUCAGAGGAGAUAACAAUUGGGUGUUUUUCUCUCAGCCCGUGCAUCGGCUUUUUAUCUGGUGCACACUUCACAGUGCUCUUGCUUCUCCUCUGUUUCUUGAGAUAAGGGAACAGUGUAUGGGCAUGAGGAAUAAAGUAAAGUUAUUUGGGGUGAAGCCAA